GUUGUAAUCGCUCUAACGUAUUGAGUGCAUAGCGCCAUCGAUGACGCCACCGUUUGAUAUGUCAGCUUGUAACAUCAAACACACGAAGCCGGCGGGAUGGUUCUCCCAUCGCUACCUAUAUAUUUGAGUGCUGAGCAACCGAAAUUCCAACUUCAAAUUCGUUCAAAGAUCAGCGACAUACCCACGCCCCCAGCUUGAAGCGAGACAGGAACCGUCACGUCUGGUCAGAAGCACUGAAUCAUGUCUUCCCAGGACAAGCUCAUCCUCUACACCAACCAUCGGUGCCCCUGGGCGCACCGGGCACAUAUUGCGCUGGCAGAACUCAAGGUUCCGUUCGAAGAGGUCAUCAUCGACCUGGACACGCCGCGGACUCCGGAAUACUUGAAGAUCAACCCGCGGGGCCUGGUUCCUGCUCUGUCGUACAACGGCGAGAUCAUCAUUGAGUCCGGAAUCGUCGCGCAGUUCCUUACCGACGCUUAUCCGUCCCAUCUGGUUCCUGCCUCCAACGCCCCGGGCGGUGCGCUCCGCCGUGCCCGCAUCGCCCUGUUUGUGGACGCUUUCACCACCAAGUUCAACAGCGUGCUGUUCGGUCUCUGGUCGGCCAAGACCGAGGAGGACAAGCAGGCGAUUGUCGAGAAGGCUGUCGCCGGCCUCGUCAAGGAGGUCGAGCCGUUGCUUGCCGAUGCGAAGCCCUUCUUUGGCGGUUCCGACAAGCUCACCUUGGCCGAGGUCCUGACCGGCUCAUUCGCCAUCCGUAUCAAGAGCCUGACCAGUGCCGAGGUCUAUCCCAGAACUCUCUGGACGGCCAUCAAGGAGCAGGCGCCAAACGUUGCCAAGUGGGUCGAGGCUGUGUCGGUCCAUCCCAGCGUGACUUCGAUUUAUGAGGAGGAGGCGAUUGUGGAGGGGACGCGGCGGAGACUUGAGAAGGCGAGCGCGAGCGCUUGAGACUUGAGCGCGUGUUCCUGAGUGGAAAGGCUACGUGAGUGACUCGAGUGAGUUGUCUGAAGACCGCUGCGGUAACUGCAGCGGUCUUCUUCCGGUUGCGUGGAUAGCAACAAAUUACAGUUUUUCCAGUAUGUC